AUGGGAAGCGAUUCCCAAACCUGUAACCGGACCUUAGGAUAUCCUAUUGGACGUACUUCGGUCGAUCAUUCGCAGCAAGCAGGACCCUCUCGGGGCCGGGCAGCGUGGGAUUACCUAGUACGAGGAGUUGUUGUUGUGAGAUUGUGGAAAGAUAUGAGUUUGAGGGAUGGUUGUGAGAUGUAUGAGUAUGUUAGUGCCGGUGGGGUGAUGAUACUGUCUGCGCGCGUAGGACUUGAUAUGAGAUUUGUGAGCUACACGUGUCGUUGGCAGUGCCGGCGUGUGAGCUUUGGAGUUCUGUCCCCCGGUUGGACUACUCAUCCCUGGACGCGGGUUCAUGUUCGAAAAUCCUGCGUACCAGCCAACAAUCCCCCGGUUGGAUUGUCUUCCCCGGCAGUAGUGGCUUUUGGAAGCGCUCAAGCAAGUUGCGAGCUCCAAACAUUUCCAUCUGUAGAUAGGAUUCGUGGGAGACUCUGCCAAAAUUUUGGUAGGAUGUCUUGGGUUUUUAGUAAGUGGGCCCGGCAUCGGUAUGAUGUCGGCACCAAAACGGGGUCCGCCCCGGUUUCGGGGGAAAUUCCGGGGCGGGUCCUGUCAACAGCUACUGGUUCCAGCCACAACCACGACAACCAAGAUUGCCAUGGCCGCAAUUAA